AUUCUGUGAAUCAAUCAACUGGCAUCUUUACAAAAAAAGAAAAAGUGAAAUAAUUUAAAAAGCCAAAUUACAACAAAACAAAUUUUUAUUAUUUAUAGUUCGACUAUCUAUGCUCAUAAGUACAUUUUUUUGGUAGAAAAUUUACAUAUUCUUCUGUUAACAAUCUGAAACAUAAUAUAAUCCAGAAGAUUAUAAGAAUGAAGUCGUAAAACAAGUGUCAUAAUACCUCUUGCAAAAUACUGUCAUUUUUGACACUUGCAUUUUCCUUUUUAUGCAAAAAGUCGGAAAAGUGAGAGGACAGAAAAAAGGAGUAAAACUAAUUGAGUUUACUAUUUUUAUUAAUUCUGUGAAAAAUCGAAUUAAAAAUUUAAAAUUUUAUUAAUGUAGCGGUUAGCACAAGUAUUUUGAUUAAAAUAUUGUGAAAUUAUAAAGAAGAAAUAAGUGUGAAAAUAACUCCUACGAGAAACUUGUAAAAAGGAAAAUACGAUAAAAAGCAUUUGUAAAAAAGUGUUUGUAUAGUAGUAGUUGAAGAAAAAAUCGAGUUGGCUCAUUGUACAAAAUUUUAUUGGCCAACAACAACAGGCAUUCAUCUACAAUAUAGGGGGCAGAUAUUAUAAUACUACACUUACGUGUUGCAAAUUUCCGAAAAUAUUUAUUUGUCUUUAUUCAAACAGAUUGCUGAUGAUUGUUUCUAUUAUCAUCAACAGCCCAACGUCGUCAUCAUAGCUAACUCGAAAACCGACACCAUCCUCAAGAUUAAUCGUCAGUAUGGAAGAGGUCUCAUUGACCGAAACAGAAAGCCGUUACUAUGGUGAUUUGUUCUUAUGUUGUGAUGAAGAGAAAACGGGUAAAAUUCCGAUGCUCAAAGCAUCAGAAUUAUAUCGAUCUGCAAAUCUCUCCAACGAAAAGAUUCUGGAGAUUACAUCUUUAGCUGGUAUACCAGACACUGCCCUACAUGUUUCCCGUGUACAAUUCUAUUCUUGUCUCAAGUUAAUAGCAGCCCAUCAAGCAUCAAUGCCAUUAAGACAAGAAUUAAUAGCCGCAUCGGUGCAGUUACCUUUGCCACGAUUUAGUUGGACAGAGUCUUCAUCGAAUAAAAUGGAAAUGACGAAUACCUAUCAGCAACAUCACCACACAAUACCUCCACCCCCCGUAACCGACCGAAGAAACUCUUUAAAACGCUUAUAUGAAUGGUCCGAUUCUAACGCUUUAGGAUCGCGUCGAAAUUCUUCUGCUACUCAUCAACCGGAAAUAUCUGCAGUAAAUUCAGAUGUACCAAGCACUGAUUCCGAAGUAGAACAAGGUGAAUCUAGUUGUGGGGGUGAGGAAGGUGUAGCUGGAGUUAGUGGCCAUAACAAGCAUCAUAGGCGUGGUGUUUCUCCAGAGGCGUGGAGUACAAACAGUGAUAGCCCAACGCCUACUAAUAGUGUGGCUGAACGUCCAUGGGCCAAAGAAACCCUUUGGCAUGGAUUACUGGGAGAUGAGCACAGGCAACUAUUAGGUACAGAGGAGGAAUCUUCAGAUCGUCACAGUAGUGAUGAUGAAAAUGAAACAGACUUGGAAACGGUUUAUCAAAUUACACCUGAGCAGAGAGAAUACUACUUUAAACAAUUCAAAGCUGUUCAGCAUGACCCAAAUGGGCUAUUAUCUGGACAAGUUGCCAGAGUAUUUUUCGAAAAGUCGCGAAUUCCCGUUGAAGAAUUGCGUCACAUUUGGCAAUUGUGUGACGUAACGCGCGAUGGUGCUCUGAGUUUGGCCGAAUUUACUGCAGCAAUGCAUUUGGUUGUAUUGCGUCGAAACAAUAUUCCUUUGCCCGCUACUCUGCCGGUUUGUUUACAUCCAAAUGUGUUGCAACAUACUGCAUUGGGCGGCAGUCAAAUGACAUCUCAAGCAGAUCCACCAGAAGCAGACCUUUUACAUUUAGAUGACGAUGACGAAGAAGACAAUACUGACAAUACAAUUAUAGGUGUCAAUGCUACAAUAAAUGCUGCCGUUGCUGUAGGAGCAAAUGUGGGAGUUAAUGUCGUUGGUAAUAGUGGUGGACGGGGACUGAAUGAAAAUAAUGUUAUGAACAUAAGUACACUUUCAACAUCAUCUCAGGCUAGUGUAAGUUCUCGUCAAGGAUCUAACGCUAUAACAACAAACUCUAAGUCAUUAACUCCACCACCUUUACCCUUAAAACUCCAUAGUAUUUCGAAUUCUCCAAAAGUAUCUCCACCGCCGUUACCCUUAAAACUCCAAAGUAUUUCAAAUUCACCCACAGGGGGAGGAGUUAAUGCAUCAACCUCCUCUCCUACUUCUAAUAUGUGGGCUAAGGAUGUACAACCAAAUCAAUGGACAAUAGCCCCACUGGCAGAAGCUACUGAGGUUACUGCACCGACUUCCUCUCCUCCUCCUAUAAUGUGGGCUAAGGAUGUACAACCAAAUAAAUGGACAAAAUUUAAUGAAUCUCCGACAUCGAAUGUCUCUAGUCCUGGUCCAAAACCAGUUAACUUUGAUAUGCAACGUACGGCUCAAGCUGUCGUUUCCGAUCCACAGAUUUUACAUCCAGUGCCAUUAAGAGUAACUCCAGUCGCAGGUGGUGUUAUUACAUCAACAGAAAAACAUAAUAAUGAUGUUAGUGAUGGAGCCGGUGCGUGUGUUCGUGAAUCAAGUCCGAAAUCAUCUUCAAUAUCGUCGUCUAACAGCCAUGGCAGUGGCGUUGCCGGCAUAACUCAGUCUCAUCGUGAUUCCUUGCAAAAUAAUGAUCUGCGCGCCAUACAAAGGCCUCAAGCUAAGAAGUUACCCAUUAAAAACAUUGGUGCUAUUCCACCGCCACCACAGCGUGAACCGAUUACCGCUGGCAAUAUACCGAAUACAAUAGUUGAUCACGAUGCUCUUGCAGGUAUUGGCAGUGGACAUGUUAAUAAUAAUUUAUCUGUUUCAAUGGUGGUAAAUAAAAAAGAUCCUCCUCCAUUGCCACCACCACGGCCUCACCGCCAUGGCCGCAGUAGCAGUUUAGAUUUGAAUAAAUUUAAAAUCGGUACACCAAGUGGACCACAACCUGAGAUCAUAGCUCAAGCUAGUUUUGAUUUACAAACAUCAACUGGAUUUGCAGAUUUUACCCAUUUUACCGAUGGAAACAUUGGGACUGGAUUCAAUGAUAUUCAACCCCAACAAAUGCAUUCCUUGCCACCACAAAAUUUAGCGGGACGCAAUAUUCAAACAGCUUCUGGCGCACUGCCUCCAACACGACUCUCAUUGCAAUCGAAUCAGCGAGUAUCUGCUUUUGAAGUUUACCGCAAACCUAAUACUCCACGCAAUUCUCAAUCGCCAACAUCUGCGAGUGGAGUUCCACCAAUAGGGCCGGCACCAACACCAUUUGGCUCUGUUGCUGCUACUGCAAUGACUACGGCUACUGCAUUACCGAAUUCGGAACUCUAUGAAAAGAGGGUGAAUGCAAUCAGUGAAACGCUGCGUCACGUUUCAUUUAAACAGGAACACAACAACAAUAAUAUGACUGAAGUACUGCGUCAUUUACGCGAACAAAAUAAUCUUUUAUUGCGACUGUGCAACGAUCUCAGUGAUGAAUUACUUACCGUACAGACUCGUAAAGAAGAAAUGAGACUAAAAUUAGAAGCAACUUCUUCAGCCUCAAAUACUAGCAAUGAUGGUUCAACCUUGCAGAAUGUUGCAGCGCCAACAAUGGCUGCAGUUGGUCAUACUGGAGGAGUUGUACGUACAGGUUCAUCAAUUUCAGCACCAGUUACUGCCAACAUUACUGGUGGCUCCGGUAGUUCUGGCGUCCAUUCGAAUGUUUAGGCAGCUUUAUGACUUACUUGUUUGUUUUUGGUAGAGAUUUGAUGUUGUUUGUUAUAAAAAAAUACGAAGAAAGAAUCCUCUAUUCAACCAUUAUAUUGAUUUCAUAAAAAGGAAAAAACUACUUAUAGGCUGCUAAAAAUCAAAGACAUAACCAUCUCCAUUUCUUCCUACUUACUUGCCUUUCGUACAUAAUUUGUAUCUUCCCAUAUUUCCAAUAUCUCCUUCUAUUAAAAGACUACCUAGACUCUUAUCAUUAAAAAGAAAUCACAUUAUCGUUGAGGAGACCCGGGAGGAAUGUUUUCCAAGUCAUGGUUAUAGUUUGUCUGUUCAUUCGUACAUAUUAUAUGUGUAUAAAUUGUUAUUUAUUCAUAAUUAUUUAUUUUUAAUAUUACAUACAUAUAUUAACAAAUGUUUCUCAUAGUAAAAGAAAAUACAAAAACAAAAUGAAAAACCAAACAAAUUAUCUCUGAAAUCAACUCAACUCAAUUUAAACAAAUGAAGUUAAAAAAAAGAAAAAAAUACUUAUUAAAAUAUGAAAACUCCUGUUUUAAUUAAAAAGAUACAUAUUAUGUGUGUGUAUUGUAUUAUGUGGAUAUUAAAAUAUAU